AACGAUUACCGGGUGUUUCUCUGCACACAAGGGCACCUUUUUCGUUCAAGCAAGUUUCGGGGGUUUCGUUAUCUCUUUCUAGCCCACGUACUUGCACUUCUUGCGAACAAAAAGUUUAUAAAUCACCACAAGUUUACGCAAAGCAGGACCAUAUUAUAAGCACAGCUCAUAAUACCAUACCAUUUCAUGCCAACUGCCGCUCAAAAUACAUGUGCACUUGCGCUUACACACGCAAUAAGCAGUUCGCGAUAAGGUGUUCAAAAGUUGUGUCUGUUCGCUGGUCGCACCUGGUCACACAGCCAAAAAGCCGUGCGAAAAUCGAGAAAUUCAUAAAACCCGGAGGACAUGCAGUGGUAAUUGCGGUGUAAUCCUCCUGACCGCCAUGCUGUUGUGCUGUGCGGAUUGUAGCGGCGUUUGUCAUUAGCAGCAGCUGUUGCAGUUGCUUCCCGCACAAGAGUGCGAGAAGGAUAGUCACGAUGACACCCUUUGAUGACUUUGUCUAUCUGAUCAAUCAUGUGCUGCUGGGCGAGGAGCCGACCAUCGAAGACUUCAUACUGCUGGUGGGCACCCUGGUGGCGUUUAUAGCCUUUAUCCUUUGGUGCUGCUUCCCCAUACAACCGAAGCAGGAGCGCGGCCCCCAUCGCCAAUUCACCUGCAAGAUUAUUCAGAAUCCCAUUAAGGCCUUCGACGCCUCAACCAGCACCGACGACGCACCCAUUCCGGGAGGUGGCUCCGGUGGUGGAAUCGGCAGCUCCAUGUCGAACAUGCAGUACAAUGGCAGCAGUGGCAGCGGAAGUUAUAGCAAGAAUGGCACUGUUGCCAUGCACAAUUACUACGUUAAGAACGGUCACCAUUGCUGCACCUAAAAAUGGGCAUCGGCAUGCCUAGCGAUUGUACAUGUCCUGCGCUGGACAGGGUGUUAUGUUUUAUACACGCCGCCUUUAGUUACCAUUUACUGAGCACAGCCAUCCGUAUGCGGAGGCAUAUCGAUUGAGCUUUGUGCCAAUGGGUUGACAGGUUGUUAUUUUUAGGAGGCAGCUAAAAGCUGCCAAUUCGCAUUUGCAGCAUAUUUGAAUUUCUGAAUUGUAAUUGCUCAGACUGAUUUGUUUAUGGAACGUAAAAGGGUUGAUGAGAGUAAGGAAGAAAUGGUGGUACAGGUGGCAAGUCAAGGCCGCGCACGCAUACGGUGCAGCCUCUUGGACAAGCCCCUGGAAGUUUCAAAAACUUCCUUGGUAUCUAUAUGUGUUGUAUGCAUUUGUUGGUUUAACAGAUGUAGUAUGCGUGUUGUGUAAAAAACAAAUGGGUGUAUAAACCAAUUAAUUCUAAGUAUUUAUUCGUGUAAACCAUUCGAUUAGUCGCAGAGAAACUCCAAGACACUUGCCAACCCAAUGCGUGCAAACAAAAACAAAGCCCUUUAUUGAACUUAUUUAUAUUUAGUGAUAAUGGAGAAAUAAAGCCUCUCCUCAUAUAUAUACAUAUGUAUUUAUAUAUCUUUAAGAUAAAUAGUGUACACACCUAGAUACACACCAAUUAAUUAGCAUAGGUAUCGUUCCAUGAAUUUUGCAUAUUUGAUGUGUAUUAAGGUGUAAUUGAUCUCAUUCAAUGAUAUUAUUUGUGAUGUAACAACUUCAAGGUAAUUCAAAUUAUUCUCCAAUGCGAAUGUUUUGUAAAUCCCCCUGGAUGAAACUAAAACCUAACUCCAAACCGCCACACAA